CUGUUUCUUAGUUUUCACCCAAUUUUACUUGGUUUUGAAGGCCUUAAUUUCUAACGAGUUUCGAGCGCAAUGACUUGAUUGCGCUCGCUAUCAACGCCAUGGACAUAUUUAUGCCUGAUCAUAUAAGUCAAUAUUUUUUAAAUUUGUAACAACUAAAUUCAUUAUGGAAGAAGUUGAUGGACCAGUGAAUAUAACGAUGGCUGGCAAUGGAUUGGACUCCAUGGAUUUUGAAGUUACCCUUCUGGAGCCUAGACCCUUCCGACCCUUCAAAAGUUCGGAAGAAUAUCUCUAUGCUAUGAAAGAGGACUUGGCAGAAUGGCUCAAUGGACUGUACGAAGGGUUGGAUCUGGAUGCUGACAACUUUCUGGAACAGAUGGAAACGGGAGUCAUUCUUUGUCAACAUGCUAAUAACGUAGUUAGGAGAGCUCGGGAAUACUAUAGUAGGGGCAAUGUGCCACGGCCAGGGGACCCACCGAUUCCUGAUCGUGACGUCGUCUACAGGCACGAUGUCCUCCCGGAGACGUUCCACGCCCGUGACAAUGUCAGCAACUUCAUCAGCUGGUGUCGCCGUCUCCGCAUCAAAGAGUGUCUUCUCUUCGAGACGGACGAUCUGGUGUUGCGCAAAAACGAGCGAUCCUUCAUCCUGUGCCUGCUGGAGGUGGCUCGAAGGGGCGUCCAAUUCGGGAUGCCAGCACCACUCCUCAUCCAGCUGGAACAGGAGAUUGACGCCGAAAUCGCCAAUGACGAUGAUGGCUAUGAAACCAUGUUGGUUAGGCAGCCACAAGUGGUGACCAAUGACCUCAGGAGUCUGCAUGAAAGGGUGGUUGAAUUGUUGAGUCGCUGCACUUGUCCUUCACAAUUUCCUAUGAUCCGAGUGGCUGACGGAAAAUAUCGAAUCGGUGACACUAAAGUCCUCAUCUUUGUCCGAAUUCUGCGAAGUCACGUGAUGGUUCGCGUUGGCGGUGGAUGGGAUACGCUAGAGCACUAUUUGGACAAGCAUGACCCUUGUCGCUGCAGAUCGGGCCACAGAUUGGCAACAUCGGCAAAAUUGACGAUGACAUCAGGAAAGAGCUCUAUUCCGAGCAUGCACGUCACUUACAACAGGCCAUCCCAGGCACCGUCCAGCACCCCGUCCUCUCCUCAGAACACUCGCCGUUCCCUUGCCUACACUUCACCGACGCCGGGUCGCCGUUGCCACCACGCUUCUGCCUCGCCGCCCUCGACCCUGCGUUCCAUACCGCCACCACCGCCGCCCGGCAGCGAUGAUUCCUCCACUUCCAGCCUGCAAGACACUCUGGAGCGGAAGGCCAAUUCCAAAGUAACAAAUGACUCUAUGGAACGCAAGACUUCCUUGAAAAAUCGGCGUAACAGCGCAGGUAAUAGUUCCUCCGAGGAGGAAGAAGAUGUUUCAGAGAAUGAAAGCAACAACAGGAGAGCUUCCAGGAGAAGGAUUGUCAGGAGGGAACUUGUUCUAAGAGACACGGUACCUUCUUCUUGGCGAUACUCUCCUGGAAUCCCUAGAAAGGAAUAUCCGCAUCAGGUAGCUUUCGGCUCCGGCCAACAGAGAAAACUGAGUGAGAUUAAUUCCCGGCUGCCAUCUCUCACUCCAAGGUCAGAGCUUAAGCCGGCGCCUAAGGUUGGCAAAGUAUCUCCUCGCCCACACUAUCAACAAAACUGGAAUGACCAUCGCUCGCAGAGUUCCGAGGACUUAUUCCAGGCACCCGCUUCAGGACCAGUCCACCCCCAGAAAAAUCUCGUAUUCCACUCCCGAGGGCCCUCGCCAGUGAACAUAAAAGGCCGCAACUACGCUGAAAAGAUGUCCCUCAUGGACGGUUCCAGCUUCCGCAGAAACGACCCCAAACGCCACUCUUCCCCUAGAAUAAACCUAAGGACUGAAAAGACAAGGUUGUCACCUCCGAAACUACCUCCGGUGAAUUCAACAAGGCGAACUGCAGUGCAGAAUGGCAAUCCGCCUGCCAGACGCAUGUUCUGGUCUCCAGAAAGACAGCAAAAGCCAAUGCUGGUGACACGCAAGAAUUCCGAGCCCUGUCCAGAGGUGUCCUCACCAGUUCUGGAGAAACUUUUGCAGCAUAGCGAACUGUGCUCUGAUAAGAAUUUUCUAAUGAAAAUAGAACAGCUCAUAGCUGAAUUUCAACAAAGUACUAAGAUGGACGAUUUGGAGAAUUUUGGUCAGGUACCUUAUUCUUCUUUGCCAUUGAAUGGGAAAGACACUGAUGAUUUGAAACCUGCCACAUUUCCGAGAAGAUCUCCUGUGGAAAAUAACAAUGGGAAAUCGCCCUCAAAAAUACCAUUACCUACGUGGUAUCCCAAGUGCCACAAUUAA